GAUAGAACAAAGCAAACCUUUUCGGAAAACGGACGACUAAAAUGCAUCAAUAACACGAAUUUGCUUGAAGACACCCAACUCUCAAGUUUGAACUGGUUUAAUUUUGACAUUUUGAACUAAUAUUUGGGCACAGUGCGAAAGCCAAGCACAUCGGGACAUCAUGCACUGUCAAGCCGAGUUGAGACUCUCCUCCUCCGGGCAGCUGAAAGCAGCCAGGCGUCGCUACAAGACUUUUAUGAUUGACGAAAUUCUUUCCAAGGAAACUUGUGAUUACUUUGAGAAACUUUCUCUUUACUCUGUAUGCCCUUCACUCAUCGUUAGGCCUAAACCUCUGCACUCAUGUUCGGGAUCCUCCUCACUGCGGGGCUACCCCCUUCUCUCAGUAAUCACGCGGCAGCCCCCCAACAUGCCCCCUCACCUCUCCCAGCCCUCAUCUCCCGGCCAGGUUCCCCACCUUCCCCUGCUCUCCCCCCAGCACCACUCCCGGGUCUCCGAGGCCUCCCACAGCGAGACACCUGUCAGCAUCAGCAGCGAGUCAGACACGGAGCACAGCACCACCCGACUGAAGAAACCCAGACGCAGCCGCACCAUCUUCACCGAGCUGCAGCUCAUGGGCCUGGAGAAGAAGUUCCAGAAACAGAAGUACCUCUCCACUCCUGAUAGACUAGACCUGGCCCAAUCCCUAGGCCUUACACAGCUUCAGGUGAAGACCUGGUACCAGAACAGAAGGAUGAAGUGGAAGAAAAUGGUGUUGAAGGGAGGACAGGAGGCCCCCACCAAGCCCAAGGGCAGGCCUAAGAAGAACUCCAUCCCCACCACCGAGGAGAUCGAGGCAGAGGAAAGGCUGGCUGAGGACGAGAGAAUGAGGAUGGCAGCCGAAGGGGCCUUGGCCGACAGAGAAGCUCCCCAGUCAGAACCCCAGGACCUCAGCAAUAUCGCUGGAGCUACAGAGACCUACAAUCCCACGGCGGUGAGCGAGGGUCGAGAGCAGCAAGAGCAGUCACUCCCGAUGCAGUCAGAGACACAUGCUGCCAGCUAAAGAAGACAGUUAUUCAUGUCUGAAUGAAACAGCCAAAGACUGGUGCUGACUGGAAAACAGAAGCACUUACUGUAGUGCCUCAGGAUCACUGAAAAAAGCCUGUCUGGUGUUGAUUAGUCAGUCGUGUUUGAGGUUUGACUAGAGUGGGUGACAUUCAUAGGUACGGUAGAUCUGUUUGAUUUUGCCAUAUCACUUUUGCCAUAUACUGGGAAAAAAAUGGUGUUUUAAAAAUAGUUUACAUGUAGAGUUAGGCGUAUACACAAAUGAAACAUCCAGAAUUGUACAGUGCAUUUUGUCCCUGUGUUUUUGUUUUCCUUUUAGAACAACAUGAUCACCUCCCCAGCCUCAGACCUGCUUGUUAACCGAGAGAGGACUCCUUUAGUCACAUGCUAUCCAGCCUCAGACCUGCUUGUUAACCGAGAGAGGACUCCUUUAGUCACAUGCUAUCCAGCCUCAGACCUGCUUGUUAACCAAGAGAGGACUCCUUUAGUCACAUGCUAUCCAGCCUCAGACCUGCUUGUUAACCGAGAGAGGACUCCUUUAGUCACAUGCUAUCCAGCCUCAGACCUGCUUGUUAACUGAGAGAGGACUCCUUUAGUCACAUGCUAUCCAGCCUCAGACCUGCUUGUUAACUGAGAGAGGACUCCUUUAGUCACAUGCUAUCCAGCCUCAGACCUGCUUGUUAACUGAGAGAGGACUCCUUUAGUCACAUGCUAUCCAGCCUCAGACCUGCUUGUUAACCGAGAGAGGACUCCUUUAGUCACAUACUAUCCAGCCUCAGACCUGCUUGUUUACCGAGAGAGGACUCCUUUAGUCACAUACUAUCCAGCCUCAGACCUGCUUGUUAACCGAGAGAGGACUCCUUUAGUCACAUGCUAUCCAGCCUCAGACCUGCUUGUUAACUGAGAGAGGACUCCUUUAGUCACAUGAUUUCCAGCCUCAGACCUGCUUGUUAACUGAGAGAGGACUCCUUUAGUCACAUGAUUUCCAGCCUCAGACCUGCUUGUUAAACGAGAGAGGACUCCUUUAGUCACAUGAUUUCCAGCCUCAGACCUGCUUGUUAACCGAGAGAGGACUCCUUUAGUCACAUGAUUUCCAGCCUCAGACCUGCUUGUUAACUGAGAGAGGACUCCUUUAGUCACAUGAUUUCCAGCCUCAGACCUGCUUGUUAACUGAGAGAGGACUCCUUUAGUCACAUACUAUCCAGCCUCAGACCUGCUUGUUUACCGAGAGAGGACUCCUUUAGUCACAUGCUAUCCAGCCUCAGACCUACUUGUUUACCGAGAGAGGACUCCUUUAGUCACAUGCUAUCCAGCCUCAGACCUGCUUGUUAACUGAGAGAGGACUCCUUUAGUCACAUACUAUCCAGCCUCAGACCUGCUUGUUUACAGAGAGAGGACUCCUUUAGUCACAUGCUAUCCAGCCUCAGACCUACUUGUUUACCGAGAGAGGACUCCUUUAGUCACAUGCUAUCCAGCCUCAGACCUGCUUGUUAACUGAGAGAGGACUCCUUUAGUCACAUGCUAUCCAGCCUCAGACCUGCUUGUUUACCGAGAGAGGACUCCUUUAGUCACAUGCUAUCCAGUUUGUCUGAGUGUUGUAGCUAUAUGUAAAUCAAUACUGUGCCACAGAUAUAACACAACAUGACAACACUGGUCAUAGUGCCUUUUUCUCUCAGAGGAUAUAACAAGCUUUACCAGUCUAGAAACACCAAGGUUUAUUAAUACCAAAUUUAUAUCAAGUGUUCUUUAACAGUGUUUUACUUUUGCUUAUUAAAAAGAGCAACACUUUGGCAAUCAAUUACUAUAUGCUCUGAAUUACAGUUAACACUGUCGUUGUACUUAUUUUGUCAAGCUUUGAAAGGAAUUGUAUUUCUGUCCAUGAGCUACAGUAUUGUCUUGUUUAUUUGGUCAAUUAACUUGUGUUGUGUUGCUUUACAUUUGAUAGGUUUCCAAAACAAUAUACUGUAUUUCAAUUUGUAUCUAUAAAGACAUGCACUGCAACAUACUGUAGUAAUAUUCUGGAAUGAAAAAUAUAUGUCAGAUAACGACAUACAGUACCAGUCAAAAGUUUGGACACCUACUCAUUCAAGGGUUUUUUAUUAAUUUUUUACUAUUUUCUACAUUGUAGAAUAAUAGUGAAUACA